AUGCUAACUGGAGACGAGAAGAACGGCGUUCCGCUGCUGCCUCCGCAGCAGCAGCAACUGCAGCCUCAGCAGCAGCAGCAGCUGCAGCAGCUGCAGCAGCAGCAGCUGCAGCAGCAACAACUGCAGCAGCAGCAACUUCACCAGCAGCCGCUGCCAAAACCGCCAGGACAGCAGCAGCCGCUACAACAGCAACACUUGCUGCAGCAGCCGGUACAUAAUGCGCAGCAGCAACAGCAAUUCCAGCAGCUGCAGCAGCUGCAGCAGCAGCAGCUGCAGAGACACCAGCUGCAACACGCUUCGCAGCAGCUGCAGCAACAGCACAUGCAACAGCAGCAAAUGCCGCGGCAUCAACUGCAGCAUGCGCCGCAGCAGCUGCUUGGUUCCCAUCCGCAGCAGCAGAUGCAGCAGCAACAGGUGCAGCAACAGCAGCUGCAGCAACAACAGCUGCAGCAACAGCAACUACAGCAGCAGCAACUGCAGCAGCAGCACAUGCAGCAGCAGCUUUUGCAACAGCAGCAACUUCAGCAGACACCGAUGCACGCCCCACAAGGGCAGCUGCUGCUCUCUCAGCAGCAGCAGCAAAUGCAGCAGCAGCAGCAGCUCCUGCAACAGCAACGACUGCAUGCCGCGCAACAGCAGCACCUGCAGCAGCAGAUGAAGCAGCAGCAACUACAGCAACCGCAGCAGUAUAUUGGCGGCCUUCGUGUGGGUGUGCAGCCGCAGCAGCAGCAGUGUAUAGUAGGUCCGCAGCAGCAGCAGCAGCAGCAGCAGCUGCCGCAACAGCAACUAACGCCGCAGCAGCAGGUCUACAUGCGGCCUUUGGCGCAAUCUGCAGCUGCAGCACCUCUUCCUGCUGCUACUCCCUUGGGGGGCCCCCCGUUUGAAGCUCAGGCCGUGCCCAUGGGCCCCCGUGGGUCUCGCCCCAGCAGCAGCAGCAACAGCAGCAGCAGCAGCAGCAGCAGCAGUGGCGGCGGCAGCAGCGGCAGCAGCAGCAGCAACAACAGCAAUGCUGAGCGAAGUGUACAAGGGGGCCCCCGCGGCUCCCCUCGUGUGCGGCAGCCGCCUACGAUGCGUUCGGGGGCCCCUACGCGUGCUGCUUCUGUCUCUGCAGCAAUAGCAGCAGCAGCAGCUGCUGCUGCUGCUUCUGCUUCUGGUGGUACUGCUGCAGCAGGCGGUCCUGCGGCUGCAGCACCUCUUCCUGCUGCUACUCCCUUGGGGGGCCCCCCGUUUGAAGCUCAGGCCGUGCCCAUGGGCCCCCGUGGGUCUCGCCCCAGCAGCAGCAGCAACAGCAGCAGCAGCAGCAGCAGCAGCAGUGGCGGCGGCAGCAGCGGCAGCAGCAGCAGCAACAACAGCAAUGCUGAGCGAAAUACACCUGAAGGCACAGAGUCGCCUGAAGAGACUCCAGCUGCUGCUGGUGCUGCUCCUGCUGCUGCUGCUGGUGGUGGUGGUAGUAGUAGUAGUGCUGCUGCUUCUGGGAGAGGGACUGCUGCAGCAUCUUCGGGUGCUGCUGCGCCCCCUGCUGCUGCUGCAGCAGCAGAAGACGGGGCAAUAAUUCGCGGCUGCUCUACCCCAAUAGAGAUAGAACGGUAUUACGAAGCUGCUGCUGCUGCUGCAGCAGCAGCAGCAGGAGUAUCAAGCGGGAGUGCUGUCUCCGAAGGUUCAGGAGGGCCAGCAGCAACAGCAGCAGCAGCAGCAGCAGCAGCAGACAAAGGGGCAUUAAGCGGUGCUGCUGCUUCGGUAAAGGAAGAUUCAUUGCAGUGGUGCGUGCAGCAGAUUCAGCAGGUGCUGCAGCAGCACCCUGCAGCAGCAGCAGCAGCAGCAAAGCUACGCGGUAACCGCCCUAUGCUGCAUCAAGCAAUACUAGCGCAUGCAGCAGCAGAAUCUCAGGGCUGCGGCUUCUCCUUUGCUGGGGCCCCCCCUAGGGGCCGCCUCGGGCGCUGGUUAGACAUAGAGAUGGUUGCAGCACCGCCUGAGUUAGAGGAAGUUCUCAUUGUUCUUGCUGCUGCUGUUAAGGUCUAUAUCGCAGAGGUAGUAGCUGCUGCGGAGCAGCUGGAGGCGAGAGACUUCGAGCAGUAUGGGGGCCCCCUGGGGGCCCCCGGCAGGGAGGGUACGGAGACAGCAGCAGCAGACGGAGACGAUCCCGAUCCCAAUAGAGACACUCAGCUGCCUAUGAGGGUCUUGAUGCCCCACCACAUCUUAGAGGCAGCCAAGUCCCUCCCGCCUCUCUAG